UGCAGAAAGAAACAAGAUUCAGUAAACUCAACGUUUUGCUUGGUUUCUUGCUCAUUCAGAAAGACACAAGAUUCAGAAAAGUGUACAUAAAGACACAGGAUUCAUUGUACAGUGAGAGAACCCUCUAAAUCUGAAACAUAACUCCCCUCGAGUAAAAUCAACAUUCAGUAAUCCUGAUGCCCAUUUAGUAAACUCAACAGGAUUACAAACUACUGCUUGGUUGCAGUGACAUCUUCAGGUCUUGGGUUCUUGGAGGAGAGGAAAGGGAGCAGCGAGGAUGCAGACCAUGCAGAAGUGGACGGCGACGAAACGACAACUCUGGUUCGCAAGGGAAGCGACGGAGGAACAUCCUCUUCAACGCGUGAGGAGGCGCUGGAGGAACAGCAUCUCCAUCUUGGAGGACAUGUGAGGGAGGCGUGAGGCAGUUCCGAUGUGGAGAUGGCGGUGGUGUCGCCGUCGACCCCAUCAGCAGGAAUGGCUAGCAGGUGCGAGGAGCGGCGCAGUGAUGCAGGCGUUAGGUCGGGGGCGGAGGAUGGGCGCCCCAUCGGAAGAGACUAGUUGAUCGAUGGAUCCCAACGCCGACGUGCUACGUGGUCUUCGCAUCACCUCCCUUGACGACGAAGACGAUGAUGAAACAGAACUGCCCAACCAACCUCUGCCCACUACCACCGCGACCCUGGCUGCGGCCGCCUCGGGCUAUGACGACGAGGACGAGGACGAAGAUGAAGAAGCGGAAGUCAUGCUUGGUUUCCUGGAGAAGCCGAAGCAUCCAGGCCUCCUCCUCCGCCACCUCUUUCCUAGCAAGGCCGGAGGCAUCCCGGCGUGGUUGGAUCCCGUGAACUUGCCCUCGGGGAACUCCAGCUGUUGUGGCUUCUGCGGCGAGCCCCUGCACUUUGUCCUCCAGAUUUAUGCUCCGAUUGAGAACAAUGCAGCAGCAUUCCACCGCACUCUGUUCAUGUUCAUGUGCCCAUCGAUGGCAUGCUUGCACCGAGACCAGCACGAACAGUGGACACGCAACCAAGGCAAUCCUCGUAGAAGCGUGAGGGUUUUCCGGUGCCAACUGCCUCGUGCCAACGCGUACUACUCAAGUGAACCUCCAAGUCACAAUAACUCUGACAAGCCACUAUGUGCCGGAGCUGCUCUCUGUCAUUGGUGUGGUACAUGGAAAGGGGAUAAAAUAUGUGGUAGCUGCAAGAAAUCACGUUACUGUUCUGAGAAACAUCAGGCACUGCACUGGCGGUCUGGUCAUAAAAAUGAUUGCCUACAGAUAAUCAAUUCUUCUGAAGCUUCAAGUUCUGUGCUACCAGCUGUAGGGAAAGUUCCAGCUAGGACUUCUUGGCUGGAAUAUCAGAUAGCCAUUGACGAUGAAGUUGAUUUGGAUUCUGAUGGUUGUGAUGAAAACAGCUCAAAGUCCUUGGUGAUGCAAAAGCAUGGUAAACCAGAUGAUACAAUGCAGUCAUGGAUGGAUCAAUUUGAGGCUGAUGCUGACAACCGAUGCUGGGCAUAUUUUCAAGAGCGUAUCUCAAGAGCACCAGAGCAAGUAUUGAGAUACUGUCGAGAUCCAAAUGUAAAACCUCUGUGGGCUUUAUCAGCUGGGCGUCCAUCAAAUGCUGACAUCCCUUCAUGUAGCUACUGUAAAGGUCCACUAUGCUAUGAAUUUCAGAUAAUGCCACAAUUGCUUUAUUACUUUGGUGUGAGAAAUGAACCAGACUCUCUUGAUUGGGCAACAAUUGUUGUGUACACAUGUCAAGGAUCAUGUGAUCAAAAUAUUAGCUACAAGGAAGAGUUUGCAUGGGCUCAGUUAUAUCCUACGUCAAUCUCAAGGCCGUAGUAAUGUUUACCUGUUCCACAGAGUAGCGUCUGCUGCAGCAGGGGAGUUGGAACUUGAAAGUGAUGGUCUACCUUGCAUUUCAACCUGAAGACAGGCGUUCCAAGCCAGAUAGAUCUUUUUUUUUAGAUGUCAACUUCAAUGCAGGGCCAUGGUCCCAAUUAGCUCGCUACAUUGGGCUUGGUCUACUAUUUAGCCACUGGGGCCAUGUAUAGCAUUUGAUGUGAAAUAGUUGUGAUCACCAGCAUUGCCGGUUCAGUGUGCAUCUUUAUUUCGUUAUAUAUAGGAUUCUUCGUCUCUUUAUGUGGACACCUUGGACGGUUUGGGGGAUUACUCGUUAGGAUUCUGGUCUAUCUCGUUGGUCUGUUAUUUGAGGCUUCUUGCAUUUUCGCUUUCGGCAUUGACCACACCGCAUGUAAAGUAGAGAGUCUCCACAUUGCCCCUUUUCUAGGAGUUGAAAUUUUGAUGGCUACCCUACGUUUUAUCU